AUGUCUACUGCCAAGUUCCAGUCUCCAUCCUACAGACUCUUCGAGCCGGGCUUUCUACCCAACAAGACCAUCAUUGUCGACGUCGACGACGAGUUUGGGUCACCAGAAACCCUGACUCUUAGAUACGAGGAAGCUGUUCAGGCAGCACAAAGGGGGGAUCCAAACCGGGACUCCCCACCGAGCGAUUUCAACAUGGCUGCCUACAGCAAAGCUCAACUGCCGUCCUUGAAUGGCUACGAUGCCACACGAUACCAGGAUGCGGCUGCCGCCUUUGAGCCGUACCCUGCUCAGUCAUUCUCAACCCAGCAGACGGAAAAGUUUGCCCAGAUGAACCAGCAGUCGUUUGCAAAUAACAACAACGUAGCUCAUUACAUGUCGACGGGACCCACUGUGGUCUCUCUUCAUCCUACCUCUGGAGUCUGUGGAACCACUGUCAGCCUGAAGAUCUCGUCUCAAGAUGACCUCUUUAGCCUAUCUUCUACACAGCCAUCCGUCAUGUUUGGAACGACAAAAUACGUCGUGGAUCUUAUACGCGAUGUCCAGGAUAACAGUGGCUUCGUUUACUCUUGCAGCGUUGAUGCCCCGCCGUCAGGUGGUAAUAACAACGUGCCGCUGUCACUUGUUAUCGACAGCCCUGCGGGAGUAGAGAUCUCGCGGACCAUGGCAGGGACUUUCCACUACUUGGAAGGGUCCGUGGAUGACAUCACGCGCACAGACAAGUUGCCCAAAGAUGACACCACGACACCUGCCGCCGAGAUGGAUCAGGCGAGUCCCUCACCGAAGACCGAGGCACCGUCUUCAGCGGCUACAAAUACGUAUGAAUACCCGCCAACGCAAGGCCAAUACGGCAACGCAUUCGCCACGGGCAACACCGACAUGAUCACCACAUACCGAACAACUAGCUUUACCGACCCGCACUACCAUCACCACCACCGGCGCUCUCACCAGGGAUGGACCGGGGGUGCGUAUGGAAGUACUACUCUGGCGGCGGUGGGGAGGAGCUCGUCCACGUUUGAUCCCAUUUCGAUAUCCGGGAGAUCUACCGGACACCAUCUUCCCAUACCGUCAUCAGGGAGCAGCGGAGCGCCUCAGCUAGUGCGCACUAGCACCAUUACCAACAGCAGUGGAAACGGUUCCUACCAUUCCAUGUCUCUGUACACCCCCAAGGCGGUUCUGAACAUUCGCGGCAAGCUCUCUGAGAUGGCCAGGGACUGGAACCAAGAGGAAUGGGAAAACCGCCGUCGCAUCGUCAUGUUCAAAAAGACUCAAAACGGAGCAGUCUUGAACGUGAGCUUCAAGGCCGUUGCUGUCAACGAAAGACCCUCCAACAGCAUCUGCAUCUCGUGCAUCUGGUGGGCAGAGAAGUCUGAAUGCUAUGUCACUUCCGUCGAUACCAUUCAUCUCCUUGAGCAGCUUGUCGCUGCGCCAAACCGAUUCAGCGUCGAGGAAAAGAACCGCAUCCGCCGCAAUCUCGAGGGAUUCCACCCCUCCACCGUCUCCAAGGCCAAGCCAGAUAGCGAAGAGUUCUUCAAGAUCAUUAUGGCUUUUCCUCACCCCAAGCCUCGAAACAUUGAGAAAGAUGUCAAGGUAUUCCCUUGGACAGCCCUCGAGCCAGCACUCAAGAAGAUUAUCAGCAAAUACAGUGCCAGCCCUAGCAGCAUUCUCCCACCUGCCACGAGCACGUCGUCAUACGCCACAUUGCCCACGCCGCCUAGUCACCACGGCAUCGGGUCACAGCAUGGCCUCUCUUCACAGCAUGCAGACCACAGCCAAUAUCCGCUGCACUCUGCCUACGGCUCGGCUCAUCACGAAGCAAUUCCGUCGCCUCGCUCACAGGCGUCUUGGGCGCCAUACUCGAGCGCGGCUCGGGGUCUUAGUCCCACGCUUCGCAACCAUCACAGCCCUCAACAGUCGUCUUCCAUGCGUAUCAACACCAGUACGGCACAGCUGCCUGCCGUCUCGGCCUACGACACCAGAGGAGUUGCAGCGAGUCCUUAUGGCAGCACCGGUUUACACACGCCGAUCAGCCACCAUCCUGCAACUGCAACGCCUCCCCGGUGGGAUACCACGCCCGCGGCCUAUCCCGACAGUGGCUAUCCAGGCCUCACUUCGCAGCAACCGCCGGGUGCAUCAUCGGUCUAUAGCACCGCUGCAUAUGGAGAACCCUCGCACAGAGCGUAA